AUGGAAGUGAAGGAGUUGAAAGCCAUGAGUGAUUCCCAACUGAUAACCAACCAAGUGUCAGGAAAGUUUCAGACGAAAGAGCCACAGUUAAUCAAAUACGUGGAGGGAGUGCAAAGUCUAGCUAAACACUUCGACUCGUUCGAAUUAGUUUAUGUCCCUCGCGAACAAAAUAUGAGAGCAGAUCUAUUGUCAAAACUGGCGAGCACAAAAAAACCCGGGAGCCAUAGAACCGUUAUCCAAGAAACGAUUAAAACUCCCAGCAUCGGCGGAGAAGAUUUGAUGAUGGUGAUAGAGGAAGAAGAUUGGAGAUCGCCUAUUAUCCGUUACCUCCAAAAAGAUGAACUCCCAAAAGAAAGGGAAAAGGCUUUCAAAUUAAAGAAGAUGGCGGCAUGGUAUUCUAUGGUAGGAGAUAGGCUAUACAAAAGGGGAUUUGCAUCCCCCCUCCUCCUAUGCGUCAGCAAUGAAGAAGCAAAACACAUUAUGUCCGAAGUGCAUGAGGGUUCGUGUGGCAGCCAUAUCGGUUCAAGGGCUUUGGCAGGAAAAAUAUUAAGGGCAGGUUUUUACUGGCCGGAUAUACACGAUGACACCGCCAUAUUCGGCUUGCCUAAGUACAUCGUGUCCGAUAACGGCACUCAGUUCGCCAGCGAAAAGGUCGUGGAAUUCUGUCGAAGCAAAGGAAUCAAAAACACCUUUAUAUCAGUGGAGCACCCACAAGCUAACGGACAGGCUGAAUCGGCAAAUAAGGUUAUAUUAAGGGCAUUGAAAAGGAGGCUAGAUAGCAAAGGCGAGGCUUGGUCAAAACAUUUACGUCAAUCAAGGUCAACCUAA